AUCCUCCGCCCCCUUCUCCUUCGCCCCCUUCUCCGCCCAUCGUCUCCAUGGUCCAGAUCGACUUGUCCUGCAUCGCUCCUUCCUCCUCCUCUCCUGCUCCUGACUCCCCCAAGUCUCCCUCUCCUCGCCCCCUCUCUCCGGAUACCAACGACCAAGCCUGCCGUCACGCCAAGUACGGAUGCCCCAGCCGUCGCAAGCAGCUCGAGUGUCUCGCGGCGGCGUCGCGGCUGAUCCGGCAGCAUGCGCAGAUCUCGGGCGUGAGCGGGAGGGUCCUGCAGCUGUAAAGGGGGGAAGGAAGUUGCCUGUGAAGUCAAGACGCACGUGUAGACUAGGAUUCAAGAAUCUCGAUAUGUAUAUUGUAAAUAGAUGUGAGCAUUCCCAGAGUUUGAUCGCUUCCUAACUCUCAUCACAGCAUAUCAUGGCCAACAACACACUUUCAGCACAGGCACAGUAGGAUUUCAACAGACUCAGUGAGGAACAAGCGUGCAGUACAAGGUGCGGUCGAGAUAGCACAGCGACCAAGAAUAGAUCUUGAAACAGGCAAGUGCUCUGUUCUCAGUGAAAACUCGGCAAUGAACUUAUGAUAAGUUUCCAAUUUCUCUUUCCUCGAAGAUUUAGCCUGUGCUUCGGAAGCUCGGAGUUCCGCUGUCACAGCCCGGCCGCUGCCCGCACAGUGCGCUCAGCAGGGC